GGGCUGGGGCAGCGGAAGGGAAGGAAGGAAAGGAGGAGAAGGGAAAAAGGGCAGGGCAGGAGCUGCGCAGGGCCGGGAUCGCGAACAAGAUGGCGCCGGCGGUGCGGGGGCUGAAGAGUUUGGUGUGGCAGAAGCUGAAAUCAUCAAUAUUUGAUGACUGCAGGAAAGAGGAUGAAUGGAAGAUAAUUCUUUUAGAUGACUAUACUACUAAAUUACUGUCACUCUGCUGUAAGAUGACUGAUCUGCUGGCAGAGGGUAUCACAGUGGUGGAGAACGUGUAUAAAAACCGGGAGCCUGUUCCACACAUGAAAGCAAUAUAUUUCAUAACUCCGACCAAAAAGUCUGUAGAUGGACUUAUUGAUGACUUCAUCAGCAGAUCAUCAAGCAGAUACAAGGCAGCAUAUGUGUAUUUCACCGACUUUUGUCCUGAUAACCUCUUCAAUAAAAUGAAGUCUUCCUGCUCCAAAUCAAUAAGGAGAUGCAAGGAGAUCAACAUUUCCUUCUUCCCGUAUGAGUCUCAGGUAUUUACUCUCAAUGUCCCAGAUGCAUUCUACCGCUGUUAUAGUCCAACUCUGGAAAAGACAAAGGAUAAAGAUGCUGUAAUGGAAACAAUGGCUGAACAAAUUGUUACUCUGUGUGCCACACUAGAAGAGAAUCCAGGAGUACGAUGUAAAAGCAUGCCAUCAGAUAAUGCCAGCAAACUUGCACACCUUGUUGAAAAAUAUCUUGAAGACUACUACAAAACUGAUGAGAAAAGCCAAAUAAAGGCUAAAACCCACUCACAAUUAAUAAUAAUUGAUCGUGGCUUUGACCCAGUAUCAACUGUACUUCAUGAACUCACGUUCCAGGCAAUGGCAUACGAUCUGCUACCAAUUGAAAAUGAUACUUACAAGUACAAAACAGAUGGACCAGCUGGGAAGGAAAAGGAAGCAAUUCUGGAGGAAGAUGAUGAGCUCUGGGUGAAGAUUCGGCACAAGCAUAUUGCAGAUGUGAUAGAGGAAAUACCAAAACUGUUGAAAGAAGUUUCAUCAAAAAAGAAAGCAACAGAAGGAAAAUUAUCGUUAUCCAGUUUGGCUCAAUUGAUGAAAAAGAUGCCACACUAUCGUAAAGAGAUUACUAGGCAAGUUGUCCAUCUUAACUUAGCAGAAGAUUGCAUGAGCAAGUUCAAGCCUAAUAUAGAAAGGCUUUGUAAAACUGAACAGGACUUGGCUCUUGGAACUGAUGCAGAAGGUCAAAAAGUGAAAGACUUGAUGAGAGUCCUCCUGCCAGUUCUGCUCAACAAAAGUCAUGACAACUAUGACAAAAUUAGAGCUAUUCUCCUGUAUAUCUUCAGCACAAAUGGAACUACCCAGGAGAACUUGGACAAGCUGAUCCAGAAUGUACAAAUAGAAAGUGAUAGUGAUAUGAUAAGAAACUGGAAAUACCUUGGUGUGCCUAUUAUCUCUUCAUCUGCUGUUCAGCAACAUAAACAAACAAGAAGGGACCGUUCUUCAGAAGAAACUUUUCAACUCUCUAGGUGGACGCCUGUUAUCAAAGAUGUUAUGGAGGAUGCUAUAGAAAACAAACUAGAUUCAAAAGACUGGCCCUAUUGUUCCCAGUGUCCACCUACCUGGAAUGGUUCAGGAGCAGUAAGUGCUCGCCAGAAACCUAAAGCUAGUUAUCAAGAUGAGCGAAAGAGUAGUGCAAGACUGAUUGUAUUUGUGAUUGGAGGAAUUACAUAUUCUGAGAUGCGCAGUGCUUACGAAGUUUCUCAAGCCUACAAGUCUUGCGAAGUUAUCAUUGGUUCUACGCAUAUUUUGACACCUAGAAGACUACUGGAUGAAGUAAAGAGCCUUAGUAAACCCAAGGAUACGGUCUGUGUUAAGGAUGAAUAGAGAUGGUGAUGUGUUAGGAAAAGACAAAUAGUAUGUACACGUUCUCAUACAACUGACUUUUGCAAAUACUGUACUGGGAUACUACAUGGACUAAUGGAAUGUCAUUUAUAAUCUGAAGUUGCUGCUUUUUGGGGGGAGUAGAAGGCAGAGAAAGGGGAAAAAGAAUAACACGUUUCUUAGGUUGUAUUUAGUAUAGGCAGUGGUACACUGUAAGUGCCUUUUCAAAAGGGCAUGUUCAUCCCUAACAAGUUAUGAUAAAAGUUAUCAUGAUUAUAUAUAUACUCCAAUUGUUUUUGAAAACUGUGAAACCUUUCUAUAAUAGUUUAUUUCUAAAAAUCACUGAAUUAAAGACUCUAGGUUCUGAGGUAGAGGCUUCAGAAGAAAGCUGUAAAUACAAGUUCGUUAAAAAAAAUAUAUGUAUAUUUCAUAAAAGUGCAAUGUCUCUAACUUCUCUGUAAAAUAAUUUUAAAUGCAUGUCAUUAUGAAAAAUUAUUUUUUUUCUGGGUGGUUGUGGGUAAGGUAGAAAUCCAGUCAUGGACAUAUUGAGCACUUAAUUUCAAUAAAUAACAUUAGAGAAAUGCUGUCAA